AUGGCUAUGGGGCCUGACUAUUACUCUCGUUUCCCGGGCUUUCAGUCCAAUCCAACUGCGUCUUCAAGCGACGAAUUUACCCGCCUGGCACGUCAUAUGGGCUGGGGAAAAAAAUCCAAGACCUACAAGAGGGAGCGGGCAAGUUUCUUAGCCUCAGAAUUCGCCACCCACUACGGCGCAGACGGGACAAAGCUGCAGAACUGGCAAGCUCUUUGCCUCGAACUUCAGAUCAGAGAGCCCAUCGACACAAUCACGAAAUGCCGGAAGGCGCUCAGCAAGGUCCAUGUUAAUCUGGUUGACCUUAUCGACGCCCGUCGAACGGGCAAGGCUCCCACGAAAUUUCCGAAUUCCCAGUCGCUUAGGGAAUAUACAGUCUCAAAGGGCAAAAUAUUCCCCAAAGCAGCCGCUAAGGAGGAUGGGUUCCUCAAGGCCUUACUCCGACGCAUUCUGUAG